CUUUCGGGUUCCUAGGUCGAGGUGCGUCGCCAACGGUAGUGACGCGUACUGCCCGGAGGAUGGCGGACGCCGGCUUGCGCCGCGUGGUUCCCAGCGACCUGUAUCCCCUCGUGCUCGGCUUUCUGCGCGAUAACCAGCUCUCGGAGGUGGCCAAUAAGUUCGCCAAAGCGACAGGCGCUACACAACAGGAUGCCAAUGCCUCUUCUCUCUUGGACAUCUAUAGCUUCUGGCUCAACAGGUCAACCAAGGCCCCAAAGAGGAAGUUACAGGCAAAUGGACCAGUGACUAAGAAGGCUAAGAAAACUUCAUCCAGUGACAGCAGUGAGGACAGCAGUGAGGAAGAGGAAAAAGCUCAAGAGCCUCCCGCUAAAAAGGCUGCUGUACCUGCCAAGCGGGCCAGUCUGCCCCAGCAUCCUGGAAAGGCUGCAGCCAAAGCAUCAGAGAGUAGCAGCAGUGAAGAAUCCAGUGAUGAGGAGGAAGAGGAAGAGAAAAAGAAAAAACCUGUCCAGAGGGUAGUCAAGCCCCAAGCUAAGGCAGCCAGAGCUACUCCUAAGAAGGCUAAGAGCUCAGAUUCUGAUUCUGACUCAAGCUCAGAAGAUGAGGCGCCAAAGCAGCAGCAGCAGCCAAAGACAACACCCGUGGCACCGAAGGCUCAGGCUAAAGCUCCACCUAAACCAGGGACACCGGCUCGAGCAGCACUUAAAGUGGCCAAUGGCAAAGCAGCUGGCAGCAGCAGCAGCAGCAGCAGCAGCAGCAGUGAUGACUCCGAGGAGGAGCAGGCUGUGGCCGUUCCCAAGAAGACACAGGCUGUACCUAAAAAGCAAAUUGUGGCCAAGGCUCCAGUCAAAGCACCUGCUCCCCCUACCCAGAAGAGUUCCAGCAGUGAGGAUUCCUCCAGUGAGGAGGAAGAGGAGCAGAAAAAACCCGUGAAGAAAAAACCAGGUCCUUACAGCUCAGUACCCCCACCAUCUGCUCCUGCACCGAAGAAGUCCCCAGGAACCCAGCCUCCCAAGAAAGCUGCAGAGAAGAAACAGCCUGAGGAAAGUAGUGAAGACAGCAGUGAUGAGUCUGAUUCAAGUUCCGAGGAGGAGAAGAAACCUCCAGCUAAGGCAGUUGUCUGUAAAACAACCCCUAAGCCAGCGCCAGCGAAGAAGGCAGCGGAGAGCUCUUCAGACAGCUCAGACUCCGACAGCUCUGAGGAUGAAGCUCCUGCCAAGCCAGCCGGUGCCACCAAGAAUUCCUCGAGUAAGCCAGCUGCCACUCCCAAGCAGCCUGCAGCUAAGCCAGCUGCCGCGCUCAAGCAGCCUGCAGGUGGUGGCCAGAAGCCUCUGGCCAGAAAGGCUGAUAGCAGCUCCAGUGAAGAGGAGAGCAGCUCUAGUGAGGAGGAGGAGGAAAAGGCAAAGAAGGCUGCAGCCACCCCUAAGUCCAAGGUGACUGCCAAAGCAGCUCCACCUGUGCCUGCCAAACAGCCUCCUCAGGCUGAUGGGGAGGGCAGUUCUGACUCCGACAGCUCCAGCAGUGACGAGGAGGAGGAGGAAGAGAAGACGUCUAAAGCCCCAGUUAAGAAGAAGCCGCAGAAGGCAGCAGGAGGCGUAGCACCUUCCAAGCCUGCUUCCGUAAAGCAGGUGAAGGCCGAGAGCAGCAGCAGUUCUUCCUCGGAUGAUUCCAGUGAGGAGGAAGAAGAGAAGCCCAAGGGCAAGGGCACUCCGAAACCACAAGGUCCCAAGGCCAAUGGUACCUCUGCCCUGACUGCUGCCCAGAAUGGGAAAGCAGGCAAGGACAGUGAAGAGGAAGAGGAAGAAAAGGCAGCAGUGGCAGUUUCUAAGCCAGGAAAGAAGCGGAAGCAGAAUGAGGCUGCCAGUGAGGCAGGGACUCCUCAAGCCAAGAAGAUUAAGCUCCAGACCCCCAACACAUUUCCUAAAAGGAAGAAGGGAGAAAAAAGGGCAUCAUCCCCAUUCCGAAGAGUCCGGGAGGAAGAAAUUGAAGUGGAUUCCCGAGUGGCAGACAACUCCUUCGAUGCCAAGCGUGGUGCAGUUGGGGACUGGGGAGAACGAGCCAAUCAAGUUCUAAAGUUCACCAAAGGCAAAUCCUUCCGGCACGAGAAGACCAAGAAGAAGCGCGGUAGCUACCGAGGAGGCUCCAUCUCCGUCCAGGUGAACUCUGUUAAGUUUGACAGCGAGUGACCUUGGUGAUGCAGGGGUGAUGAACAGAGACCUCCCACUUUCAGUGGACCUGGGGACCCUCAGCUCUAUUAGGGGAGGGUCUUGGUGAGGACAGAAGUUCGGACUGCAACAUAACAUCUUCUGUGGUCUUUUUCUGUGUUCUAGUUUUGUACAGAUUUUUUUGAGUGUUGGGUAGCAGGGAAGAGGUAAGGGGAACGUUAUUUUUUAAAAAUCUGUUUUAGUUGUCACCCCCAUUCUUCCUGUUUUGUGGAAGUCCUCACACUGAGAAAUUUGUAUAUUUUAUAUUAAAUCAUUUCCUAUUGACUAUUGUUGUGAUUUUCAGAGGUGGGUUCCUACAGAUAAAAUCUUAGCUAUUGCCCAAGAUACAGUAAAUUGUCACGUGUGAAUUUUUAUAGUUGGGGAAGAGUUCUGCCUGUGAGUAUGCUCCUUCCGUCCUUACCUCAGAGCCCCAUUGUAGGCACUGAAGAAUGAUUAACAUAUGUGUACAUGCCUGUUUAGCAUGCACUGUGUAGUUCAUCCUCAUUUGUUGGGUCUGGGCCUGAAGUUCUCAGCCAGCAUGGACAUACCUACAUCUUGGGAUACAAUCUACUGUUUUUGUUAAUGGGCAAAAUUCUAUUCUGGUGUGAAUGCCAUAAGUUAAUCUGAGCUUGAUUUUUUUUGAGUGUGGUUUUAUAUUAUAUAAUGUUGGCAACACAGUACAUGUUUUGGUUUUAAAUUUGAAAGCAAAUCUUUCAACUUUGAAUUUUCGGUGACUUGACCCCUACCAGUUCUGAGAACAAAGUUGAGAACUGCCAUCUUUUCUUUUUUACAUUAUUGAGAACAAAAUAAAUUUUUUUUUAUUUUGUUUUUUUAGUUUUUUUGACAGGCAGAGUGGACAGAGAGAGAGAGAGACAGAGAGAAAGGUCUUCCUUUUGCCGUUGGUUCACCCUCCAAUGGCUGGCGCGCCGCGGCUGGCGCACCGUACUGAUGCGAAGGCAGGAGCCAGGUACUUCUGCUGGUCUCCCUUGGGGUGCAGGGCCCAAGCACUUGGGCCAUCCUUCACUGCACUCCCUGGCCACAGCAGAGAGCUGGCCUGGAAGAGGAGCAACCAGGAUAGAAUCUGGCGCCCUGACCAGGACUAGAACCCAGUGUGCUGGCGCCACAGGCGGAGGAUUAGCCUAUUGAGCCGCGGCGCUGGCUUACAAAAUGAUCUUAAAUGUACAUAUUGUUUAUUGAUAUUGAUAUUUCUGUUGGGUAGCUAUGUGGCACAUAAUAUUGGUUUAAUUAAUUCCUACAUAACUGGAAAUCACUAAUCAAGUAAAUGAAAAAAAGAACUAUAAUCAAAAACCCCAAUCCACUGUAGGAAGGUUACUUCAGGUGAAUUUAUAGGUAACCCUAUAGGUAACCUGUGUGUGUGCUAAUGGAGGUAGAAGGAACCUUUACAAAGUCUGUUGAAACUUGGGGACUGCACUUGGGGAGAGCAUCCUAACAGGAUGACCCCAGUGGGUUCAUGGGAACAAUUGUUUUGCCCCCUAAGUCCCUGGUUAAAAAACCCAGUGAACAGAAAGUGCUAGGCCAUGCUGGCUGAUGGUUAGGCUGUAGGAGGUAGCCAUUGAUAGUGUUCAGUCAGAGUAAGAAGAGGAGGGUAAAGUCGGGGAGCCUCCUGGAGGCUGGGCUGUUCCUGUGGUGGGACAAGCUUUUGUGAAAGAGGUACAGGUCUUAAGACUAGCCUUCCAUGUUUGGAUUCCACAUUCAGUAAAUAACCUGGGAACAACCUGGUUUUCUGUGUAGCCACCACUCAGAAGAAAAUGCACUGUUCAUCCUGACAUGGGUAUUUCGGUCUGCAUGGUAAAAGUUCUGCAUCUACUGCAAAAUAAUAAACUCGCUGAUUUAU